AUGUCACUUUCCACUAAUAGGUUCACCUUAAUUGCUUCCAAUUUACUAUUUUUUUACAAUUAUUUUGUUUACUAUACAGUUCUUGUAACAUUGCAGGUUGACCGACUUUCUGGGUGGAAAGUAUGUGAUAAUACUACAUUUGCUGAAGCAUUUCAACAUCAGUUUGUGAUGGUUCAACAAGUACGUCAUAUCUCUAACCAAACUAUAUUGAUAAGUUGUGAGACUACUGAGAGCAUAAUCAGAAUGGAGUUUGAGUCAUAUGGUGUUCAAUCAAAUGGGCAUAUCAUGUGA